AUGACCCGAAAUAAUCUGUCAAAUUGCUGUCAUGAGAUUGAGAACAGUGUUGUACGAAAAGCUCAAAACUUCCAACCAACAAUUACGAAUCGUGCGUUAGUAGCUUUGUGUUCAGAUACUGCAUACGCCAAAUUCUAUCUUGCAUGUCCAUGCAAAUGUUCACUCACUCAACGAAUGUUAGAUCGCAUUGUGACCGACGAUGAUCAAAAGAAUUAUCGAGAAGCUGACGAGAAUAAAAGGCCAUUACUGAAUUUGAAAUUUCAGUGUCCACGCUGCUCAGACCCCUGCACAGGUUAUGAAUAUGAUGACCAGGAAAUGGAUCUUUAUAAGCGCAGAUUUGUACGCGGACGCUACACAUAUAUGCUGAUCGAUAAAACUUCAUCGAUGUCGGCUUCUGUGUUGGAACUGAAAUCUUCAAAACAGCUCAAAGGAGAAAGCAAAAAGACGCGCUUCGAUCAAACGAAACUAGCAAUAAAAGAAUUAUUGCGGGAAAUAGCUCUACAUGCAGGCCCCUUGGAUAAAGUUGAAGUAAAUACAUUUGAUAAAGAGUUAGCAAAGCGAACAUUGAUUCCUCCAUGCGAUGCUCAAAAUUCAAACACAAUAGAAAACCAAAAUCAAAUUGAUUCGAUCAACCUAAGUGGGGUCUUUGUUAAUACUCAUUUCUUCGAAGCAUUGAGUGCAGUUUAUGAUAUAUUGGAUCGUCGAGCUUAUUACACUAUUCAAUUGUACAUAUUCUCCGACGGUAACGAUACCAGUGAUAAACCAGAAGAUAACGAAAGUCUUCGCAAACUUGCUAAAUCACUACAUGAAAAACUAGGAGUCAAUUGCCGCUUUUUGGCGUGUGGCAUAUCGUUGACAAAUAUUAAUUACUUAAAUUUUGACUGGCUCGUCGGAAGGGACAAUAUUUCGGUGAUAUCAGGAAGUGCAGCGAUGAUUCGUGACCAAUGUGCUCUCAUUUACCAACAAGAUCGUUCAGGAAACCAACCAAGCGUUUCUACUGUUUCGAAUGAAGAUAUUGACCAGCGUCAUAUUUCCAAUCAAAGACGCUCUAAAGCUCCAAGUACGCCUUCUAAUGAAGGUACAUCUACCUCAAACGUUUUGGAUAUACUAUCGUAUGUUAUAUCACCAAAGACAUCAACAUAA